UCUCUUAAUUAUUAGAGAGUAUCUAAUCUUUAUCUCUUCCAAACUUCUAAUCUCUGUUUCUCCUACUGUUCAGUUGCUCUGCUCUCUCUACCUCGAUCGUCGCUGCCAUGGCGGAAUGGUUUAUUGGUCCAAUCAUGGACAAGAUCAUCAACACUUGCUCUGAUUACCUGGAAGAUCAAGUCGGAUGGCAGACCGGCAUGAAGGAGGAGCUGGAAAGCCUGCGACAAAACCACCCCAAGAUCCAAGCUGUCGUCUUUGCCGCUAACCAAGCACAAAUUAGCGAUCAGAACCACCCUAUCAACAAGUGGAUAUGGCAGCUGCGAGAUGCUGUUGAUGAGGCAGAUGAUGUGCUCGAUGAGUUUGAGUACAUGAAGCAUAAAGAACAGCUCACCAAAAAAAUGGAGGAAACAGAUCAGAAAAGAACGGCGUUUGCCAACUCGAACUUCCUGAUUGAAAGUGCUUCGAAAAUUCGCAAAGUUGGCGAACGUGCUCUCAAGAUUGAUCCCAACUUGAAGAGGCUGGAGGAGGUUGUGCAGAAACUAGAUAAAGUUUCGGUUGGGGUUAGUACUUUUCUUCAUCUUCUAGAUAGCGCAAAGCAGGAACAGCAGGAGCAGCUGCGCGAGUUGUCCGAAGCACGUGAAACAGGAUCCUUGCCUACAAAUGAUCUCAUCGGUAGAGGCGAGGCUAAGGAGUUUGUUAUGCAGUGGUUGAGGAAGCCAUCAAAUGAGCAUCGGGGAACUGAUUUGUACCGAAACAUUUCUCUUCUAUGUAUAGUGGGCCAUGGUGGUAUGGGGAAGACAACUCUCCUGCAACAUGUUUAUGAAGAUGAAAUGACAAAGGAAUUUGAUCUUAAAAUGUGGGUUUGUAUUUCCAACAACUUUGAUGUAAAAAAAGUCAUUGCAGAUAUGUUGGAAUCUCUUAAGAAGGAGAGGCCUCAUUUGGAGACACUUGAGGCACUUCAAGAUAGUCUUCGUACUGAGAUUAUGUCCAAAAAGUUCUUACUUGUGCUGGAUGACAUUUGGGAGGAGGAGGAAAACCGGGAUAUCAGAAAAUGGGAGAAGGUGUUCGCCCCUCUUGCUUAUGGGAAAAUUGGUAGUCGAAUUUUGAUAACAACUCGAAUGGACUCGGUUGCAAUGAUGAUUGCAAAGGUCAUUAAAAAGAAGACGAAAAUAUUUAGAUUAGAGGGCUUGGAGGAAGAUCACUGUUUGCAGCUCCUCAACUCUCAUGCAUUUGCUGAUGUAGAGAAUCCUAAUGAUUAUAAAAGAUUAAGAUCCAUUGCUGGAGAGAUAGUUAAAAAGCUUUUAGGAUCUCCAUUGGCAGCGAAGGUCAUCGGUGGUGUUUUGAAUUCUAGCUUGGAUGAAAGACAUUGGACAAAAGUUUUAAAUAGUGAUUUUGUAAGUUCAAAAUUGGGUCAGGAUGAUAUCUUUCUUAUUUUAAGAUUGAGUUAUAUGUUCCUCCCAAAACAUCUACAAAACUGUUUCGCAUUUUGUUCUAUAUUCAAACAAGAUUAUCCAUUUUUAAAAGAUGAUUUAGUCAAAAUGUGGAUUGCAUUGGGUUUCAUUCAGCAACCUCAUGAUCAAGAAUGGACUAUGGAGGAUAUUGGAGGAAUGUAUUUUGAUGUUUUGGUUAAAAAAUCUUUCUUUGAUAUGUUUGAAGAUUUUGGUCGACGAUACUACAAGUUGCAUGAUUUAAUACAUGAAUUGGCACAAUCAGUUUCCAUACAUGAAUGUUUAAGAGUUGAGGAUGGUAAAAAAUUGCCUUCUAUAAUUCCUAAGACUCUUCGACACUUAUCUGUUCAAAAUACAAAUCCAGACAUCAUAAAAAUGAUUGGGCAGUUUAAAUAUUUGCAUUCUCUUUUCUUGUUCAAUGAAGGUUCUAAUCAAGAUCUUUGUAAUCAGGAUCUUUGCAAUGCACUUAUUAAAAUCUUCAAAGCAUCGAGAAGCCUACGCUUAUUAAACAUAUGGGUUCCAAAGAACUUGGAAAUAAUACUCAAGGAGAUUGGAAAUUUUUUACAUCUUCGAUACUUAAGGAUUUAUGUUAAGAAGUUUACUAUGCUGCCAAGAUCUCUAAGUAAUAUCUAUCACUUGCAAUACAUAAUCUAUGAUAGCCUAGAGGUGCCAAGCCAAUCUGAAGUUCAUGAUUUUUUACCAAGUGACAUUAAUAACCUUUCUAACUUGCGUUACCUGAAAUUUCCCGAGAAUUGUAUUUCAUCGAUAUGUGGGAUUGGGAAGCUAAAGUCUCUUCAAGAACUGAAUAUGUUUGAUGUUAGAGAUGUGAAUGGUUAUAGAAUUGUGGAGCUGGAGAAUCUGAAUGAUCUUUGGAAAUUAAGAAUCAAUUGCCUUGAAAAUGUUAAGGAUGCCGAGGAGGCUUGUAGUGCCAAAUUAUGUGCCAAGAUGAGACUCAUAGAUUUAACCUUAUGUUGGAGUAACACUGAUUCGAGGAACAUUGAUUUAGAAGAGAAAGUGCUCGACAAUCUUCAACCACCAAAAUGUCUAAGAAAUCUGAGCAUAAAGAAAUACAUGGGUGCAAGUUCUGCAAUAUGGAUGAACAAUGUCAAUCCGAUCUUCAAUCUAGAGAAAAUCAAAUUGACAUAUUGCUUGAAGUGUGAAACUCUUCCACCUUUUGGGCAACUUCCCUUCCUCAAGUCACUGACACUUUCUAACAUGCCUAAAGUAAAAUGGCUCGAAAGUAAAUUUAAUGGGAAUGAUAAAUACCAUGCCUUUCCAUCGCUAGAAGUGUUACAUAUUAGCUGGUUAACAACAUUAGAGGAUUGGUUUGAGGCAGGAGUAGCUGCUGAAGAUGGAUGUUUGUUUCCUUGCUUAAUUCAACUGGAGAUAGAAAACUGCCCGAAGUUGGAAGAGUUGCCCUCUUUGCCUUCUAAGCUCAAGAGCUUGAAGAUAAGAAAAAUUAGGUGGAAGACUAUGAAUUUUUGUAGCAAUUCAAAUCCUAUUCCCCUUGAAUUAUUAGAGGUCUCUCUCUGUCCUAACAUUACAUCUCUUCCUCUGGCUGAUGAAAUAGGAAGACUUGCAGCACUAAGAUCCUUGACAAUUACAAAGUGCCCCAAUCUGAUCUCUCUCGGAGAAAUGCAAACCACUAAUAAUUGCCAUCUCAUUCUCAGCACUCUUUUCAUAAGUGAUCCAUUGGUGUUGCUAAUGGAGCCAUUGAGAAGUAUCGCCUCCUUAAAAAAGCUGAGAAUUGAGGAGAAUGAUGAGCUGGUUUCAUUUCCAAAUGAGGCGGAGCAGUGGCUUCAGAAAGUUACGUCUUCUCUUUCUGAGCUGGUAUUUUCAUCUCUCAAAUCCUUAGAGUCUCUUCCUUCCUCCUUGGAAAGCUUAUCUUCACUUCAGAAACUAUAUAUUGGGGGCGUUCCUAUGCUUCGGGAAUUACCGAACCUUCCUCCCUCUUUGGAAUAUCUAACAAUUAGGGGAUGUAAUCCAGAGUUAAAGGAGCGCUAUCGAGAGGAUGGAGGCUCCGAUCGGCACAUGAUUGCUCACAUUCCUAGCAUCCAAUCUCUGUUUCUCCUACUGUUCAGUUGCUCUGCUCUCUCUACCUCGAUCGUCGCUGCCAUGGCGGAAUGGUUUAUUGGUCCAAUCAUGGACAAGAUCAUCAACACUUGCUCUGAUUACCUGGAAGAGCAAGUCGGAUGGCAGACCGGCAUGAAGAAGGAGCUGGAAAGCCUGCGACAAAACCACCCGAAGAUCCAAGCUGUCGUCUUUGCGGCUAACCAAGCACAAAUUAGCGAUCAGAACCACCCUAUCAACAAGUGGAUAUGGCAGCUGCGAGAUGCUGUUGAUGAGGCAGAUGAUGUGCUCGAUGAUUUUGAGUACAUGAAGCAUAAAGAACAGCUGACUAAAAACAUGGAGGAAACAGAUCAGAAAAGAACGGCCAACGCGAGCUUCCUGAUUGAAAGUGCUUCGAAAAUUCGCAAAGUUGGAGAACGCGCUCUCAAGAUUGAUCCCAACUUGAAGAGGCUGGAGGAGAUUGUGCAGAAACUAGAUAAAGUUUCAGCUGGGGUUAGUACUUUUCUUCAUCUUCUAGAUAGCGCAAAGCAGGAGCAGCAGGAGCAGCAGCGUGAGUUGUACGAAGCACGUGAAACAGGAUCCUUGCCUACAAAUGAUCUCAUCGGUAGAAGCGAGGCUAAGGAGUUUGUUAUGCAGUGGUUGAGAAAGCCAUCCAUUGAGCAUCGGACAACUUUGUACAUAAACAUUUCUCUUCUAUCUAUAGUGGGUCAUGGUGGUAUGGGAAAGACAACUCUCUUGCAACAUGUUUAUGAAGAUGAAAUGACAAAGGAAUUUGAUCUGAAAAUGUGGGUUUGCGUUUCCAACAACUUUGAUGUGAAAAAAAUCAUUGCAGAUAUGUUAUCAACUCUUAAGAAGGAGAGGCCUCGUCUGGACGAAUCACUUGAUUCACUUCAAAAUAGUCUUAGGACUGAGAUUAUGUCCAAGAAGUUCUUACUUAUUCUGGAUGACAUUUGGGAGGAAGAGGAGAACCAGUAUAUCAGAAAAUGGGAGAAGGUGCUCGCCCCUCUGGCUUAUGGGAAAAUUGGUAGUCAAAUUUUGGUAACAACUCGAAUGGAUUCGGUUGCAAUGAUGAUUGCAAAGGUCAUCAAAAAGAAGACGGAAAUAUUUAGAUUAAAGGGCUUGGAGGAAGAUCAGUGUUUGCAGCUCCUCAACUCUCAUGCAUUUGCUGAUGUAGAUAAUCCUAAUGAUUAUGAAAGAUUAAGAUCCAUUGCUGGAGAGAUAGUUAAAAGGCUUUUAGGAUCUCCAUUGGCAGCGAAGGUCAUCGGUGGUGUUUUGAAUUCUAGCUUGGAUGAAAGACAUUGGACAAAAGUUUUAAAUAGUGAUUUUGUAAGUCCAAAAUUGGGUCAGCGUGACAUCUUUCUCAUUUUAAGAUUGAGCUAUAUGUUCCUCCCAAAGCAUCUACAAAAUUGUUUCGCAUUUUGUUCUAUAUUCCCACAAGAUUAUAGGUUUGAUAAAGGUGAUUUAGUCCGAAUGUGGAUUUCAUUGGGUUUCAUUCAGCAACCUCAUGAUCAAGAAUGGACUAUGGAGGAUAUCGGAGGAAUGUAUUUUGAUGUUUUGGUUAACAAAUCUUUCUUUGAUAAGUUUGAAGAUUUUGGAGGAUACUACUACAAGAUGCAUGAUUUAAUACAUGAAUUGGCACAAUCAGUUUCCAUACAUGAAUGUUUAAGAGUUGAGGAUAGUACAAAGUUGCCUCAUAUAAUUCCUAAGACUCUUCGACACUUGUACGUUCGAACUACAAAUCCAGACAUCAUAAAAAAGAUUGGGCAGUUUAAAUAUUUGCAUUCUCUUUUCUUGUUUAGUGAAGCUUCUAAUCAGGGUUUCAGCGCACUUGUUGAAAUAUUCAAAACAUGGAAAAGCCUACGCUUAUUAUACAUACAUGCUUCAGUAGGCUUGAAAAUGAUACCAGAGGAGAUUGAAAAUUUAAUACAUCUUCGAUACUUAAAGAUUGAUAAUUGUAAUUUGACCAUGCUGCCAAGAUCUCUAAGUAAUCUCUAUCACUUGCAGUACAUAGUCUAUAAUAAAUGGGCGUAUAUCCAACUUGAAGGUGAUGAUUUUUUACCAAGUUACAUUAAUAAUCUUUCUAACUUGCGUUACGUGAACUUUCCCGCACAAUGUACUUCAUCGAUUUGUGGGAUUGGGAAGCUAAAGUCUCUUCAAGAACUGAAUAUGUUUUAUCUUAGAGAUGUGAGUGGUUAUAGAAUUGGGGAGCUGGAGAAUAUGAAUGAACUUUGCAAAUUAGGAAUCAAUUACCUUGAAAAUGUUAAGGAUGUCGAGGAGGCUUCUUGUGCCAAAUUAUGUGCCAAGAGGAGGCUCAUAGAUUUAACCUUAUGUUGGAGUAACACUGAUUCGAGGAACAUCAAUUUCGAUGAGAACGUGCUCAACAAUCUUCGGCCACCAAAAUGUCUGAGGAAUCUGCACAUAAAGAGAUACAUGGGUGCAAGUUCUGCAAUAUGGAUGAACAAUGUCAAUCUUAUAUCCAAUUUAGAGAAAAUUAACUUGUCAGAUUGCUUGGAGUGUGAAACUCUUCCACCUUUUGGGCAACUUCCCUUCCUCAAGUCACUGAAACUUUGGAACAUACCGAAAGUAAAAUGGCUCGAAAGUAAAAUUAAUGGGAAUGAUAAAUACCGUGCCUUUCCAUUGCUAGAGGUGUUAUCUAUUUACAGAUUAGAAGCAUUGGAGGAUUGGUUUGAGGCAGGAGCAGCUGCUGAAGAUGGAUGUUUCUUUCCUUGCUUAAUUGAACUGGAGAUAGAAAACUGCCCGAAGUUGAAAGAGUUGCCCUCUUUGCCUCCUAAGCUCAAGAGAUUGUCCAUAAGUAAUAUUGGGUGGACGACUUUGAAUUUUUGUAGCAAUUCAAAUCCUAUUCCCCUUCAAUCAUUAUUGAUCAAUCAGUGUCCAAACAUUACAUCUCUUCCUCUGUCUGAUGAAAUAGCACGACUUGCAGCACUAAGAUACUUGACAAUUAUAAAAUGCCCCAAUCUGAUCUCUCUCGGAAGGUAUCGAGAAGUGGAGAGCACUAAUAAUUGCCAUCUCAUGCUCAGCUGUCUCUUUAUAAGUGAUCCAUCGGUGUUGCUAAUGGAGCCAUUGAGAAGUAUCGCCUCCUUAAAAACGCUGAGUAUUUCGAAGAAUGAUGAGGUGGUUUCAUUUCCAAAUGAGGCGGAGCAGUGGUCUCUGAAUGUUAAGUCUUCUCUUUCUGUGCUGCAAUUUUCAGAUCUCAAAUCCUUAGAGUCUCUCCCUUCCUCCUUGGAAAGCUUAUCUUCACUUCAGAAACUAUCUAUUUUAAAUGUUCGUAUGCUUCGGGAAUUACCGAACCUUCCUCCCUCUUUGGAACGUCUAGAAAUUUGGGGAUGUCAUCCAGAGUUAAAGGAGCGCUAUCGAGAGGAUGGAGGCUCCGAUCGGCACAAGAUUGCUCACAUUCCGAAUAUCAUUAUUUCUACCAAAAGAUAAAAAAAAAAAAUUCAAAAUACAAAAGCUGCAAAUUUCUUUCAUCUUAUCUUAUUUGUUUGAUAUAUAUGAAAUGUGAAGAAUUCAUAAUAUUUCAGCAUUAUUUGUUUGAUAUCUUGAUCGUUCAUCUAUAAAUUUUAAAUUAAUGUACAACGUUCAUAUAUUACUCUUCAAGUUCUAUCAUUUAUCAAUUCUGAUAAAACAUUUAUCUAUUCAUUUAUUUACUGCCAUUAUUUUAAAAGUAAUUUGUUGUCCACAA